AUGGUAGAUGACGUAUACGUUCCUCCGGGCUGGGAGGUUACGCCACCUAAAACGACGAGACUGGUUCCUGAGAGUGCCGAGGAAGAAAGGUCAAGGCAACAGCAGCAACAAGAGGACCGUUGUCACGAGGUGAAGAUGGAGCCGGAGAGCAUGGACACCGACAGCGAGGAUGGUGGUGUGAAGCUCGAACCGGAUAUGAUGUUACAGGACCAAUCCAGCAAUCAGGUGGCCGACUCACUCUCACUACCACAGCUAUCGGAUUUGGUCCGCAUGGAGCAGCUUCCAAGUCGCUACUUCCUUUGGCAGAUGCCGGCGGAUACGGAGUCCAUCAAGCAAAUGGAGCUUAAGCGGCGGUUCUCCAACAUGCCUUUCGCUCUUUGUUACUACAAGAGCUGCCGUAUCAUCCGGCACCGAUGGCAUAUCGCUCCGGAAGAGUGCAUACCACCAUCACUUCGUACGAAAACGUUAUACUCACUGGCUUUGCUCGUCAAGCUCCGGCGGUUGGCAUCAAUCACAAAGAACAACUAUCUGCUAGCCGACAACCUUCUGGUAGAUGCAUGGACGGAACGGUCGCGGACCCUUGGAACCGGUGCACCAGCUCAGCAGCUGGUUGAGAGGGUCACCAACGAUCCUUGCCCGUGCGAGCCUGUCAUCCAAGAGUGUGUGCUUGGGCUGACGUGCGGGGAUAUUGAUCAAGCCAUUUUAUGGGCUAAACGGGAGAAGAAGAGGGACAAGGCGCAUGAGAAGGUGCAGGAGACCAGGAUGAGGACGAGGAGCAGGGCGAAGGACGAAUUUCGUCGUAAUCAUCCUCUCAUCAAGGCCGAACCACACGGAGACGACACUCGCAUGCCGGUUCAGAACAAAGAAUGGCUCAAGGGCAUGCCGAUAGUGGCGCCACAGCUUCCAGAUUCGACCCGAAGGUCCGUUUCCGCUCAGUUGGUCACCGAGCGCCGUCGUGAGGAAAAGGCAAGGAAACCAACUCCCACCAAAACCGAGCAACCCAAUACUGGCUUUACGUUCACGCUCCCGAUCCGCCCUUCAGGUCGACCGGCGCCGCCGAACCCAGAAGAGGCCAAACAUCCACUCCAGCGCAUGUACGAGGCCCGGCAACUUAAGAAGCAGCAGAAGGCCAGGCAGCAAGAGCUUAACGAGCAGCGCGAGCGAGACAACAUACUCAGCAACGAACUGGGCAGGAUGGACAUGGUCCACGAUGGGGAGAUGGUUCGUCGAGCAGAAGAGUGUAGGCAGGGUGUGGCGAUGCCUUCGGAGCGGUUCGACUUUAAUACGGUGCGUACGCUGCACCCGACGAACAUGCCCACUCAGGAAGACUUCGCUCGCAUGGGCCAAGGGGAGAUGCACGCGGGUUGA